UUGUCAAUCUAGAAUCUUUGUCGCAAUUUUAUAUUUUACAUUUCGCAGGUAUUCUGAAAUAAAACAUAGCAUUUUCUUUGUUAUAAUGAGGUGAUACAUUUAAUUACUCUUUGUUACUCACUGGAGGAUUGAUAGAAGCUGAUUGGUACGAGGCGAGUAUUUUUCUGCGAUUGGAGCCUUAUAUGGGACAAAAAUGGCGUUUUCUCUCAGGAAGAUGCUUUCUAACAUCAAUUAUUUCGGCAAACCAGGCGACACUGGCUACGAGGAGACCAAACGAGCGCAAAAACAUUUUGGCGAAACAUCAGAAAGCAUAGAUUUCGAGAGGACGGAACCCGAUUCCACAUCCAGGUAUGCGACUAGCCUAAAAUUACCAGAGUCAGUGAAAAAUUUUGCUGCUAAGAAGUCUUCUCUGUCUGAUACUGACAUCUUAAACGUCCCUGAGACGCCAGUUUCAAAGAAAUCUAAACGAAAAUGUAAAAAACUUAAGGUUGACGUAGACGCAAGAAUUAGCGAUAGCCAGGAAAAUUCAGAUGAUACCCCCAGCGAGAACACACCUAAACAUGUCCAUUUAGAAGUCCAGAGCGCUGAUAUAUUCAAAGACUUUGAUUUUAACAAGUCAUUUGAUUUUGGUUUGUCUGAUGAUGACUCUGAUGAUAACGGUGAUAUCCAGUCUCUCUUGGACCAUUCAGACUCCGAUGGUUCUAUAACAUCACGAGAGAAAGUCAAAAUGUGUCGCAAAGUCCAACCAAUUCAGGAAGAACAGUUGAUACGGUCCACCAGCCUGGAGUCUUUUGGAGACGUGGAGUUGCAUAAAAAUGAAGAGGAACGGAUCUCUCUCCUCCUCAACUAUCAAAACAAAUUAGAGAAAAUUGAUUGUUUCGUGAAAAAACUUCUGUCUGAUUUCCAAUUUAAUAUAGAAGUCUCCAAAAUAUUUCAUUGCCGAUCUCUUGUGCCAACCGUACCAGGGGGUGAAGUUAAACAGCUAGAUGCUGCAUUUGUCGACAGCCGUGCUCCAAGCCCUUCAGGCCCAUGGAAUGUCAUUGUUGAAAAAGAAGACGUUAUUACGAAGCAAAAAUUUAAAAAGCAGCUCAUGUCAGUGAAAUAUACUAUAGAUGAAUUUGUCAAUUGUUAUUUGAAUGAAUCAAAAGAAAGAAAGCCUUUUACAACUAAGCUGAGGAGUAAGAAGAAAAUGCGACAUUUUGAUUUUCCGGAUUUGCGUGAAGCCAUGGUUAAUCUAUUUGGCACAGAAGAACAGAACACAGAUCUGUGUGACUCCAAAUGUGUCUGUAAUUGUCACUCUCAGUCUGAAGCCGACUCUGGCUUGACCUCUAAAUCGGAUGAGAGAUCUCUAUCAAAUCAAUCUAUAACAUCAUCAAUCGGUAACUUCAGCUUAGAUUCAUCCACCUUAACAGCAUAUUCCGAAUCUCUCGAUCAAAUUGUCAGCUAUUGCAGCUUCCAAGACACAAGCUUGUACAGCGACUUGCUGCAAACACCAGCCAUUGAACGUAUCACAUUCUACGUACAAGUCCACAGUGUUCAACUCAAGAGUGAAGCGAGCAAUCAAGACUUUGAAUCCAAGAAUGUUAUUAAAUUCUACUGCCCUACUUGUAAAGUCACUGAGACUGAUGAAAACAGUCUGCUACGUCACAUUUUGAGCCAAACACAUUGCGAGAAGAUACAUUUCCAAUACAAAACAGCUUAUAUAAAGAAGUGUGUCGCUGCUGGAAAAGAAAUACAGCCAAGUACAGUGCUGAAUCCAAUGACAAUGUACCGGGAUGUUAACAAGAUUGUCUGCUUCGGAGAAGCUGUGUACGCCUGCUCCCUGUGCUUCGAGAAUCCUAUCGCUGGCGAAUCCAUCUUGAUGGCACACAUUUUAGAGCAGGAACAUAUUGAGAGACGAGAAAAGUUAGAUGAAAUCAUAGAGUAAGUGCAUGAUUUUUUUUAUUAUCUUAAAGAGCAUGUGUUCUACUCAAUAAUACUUGUGCAAUCAAUUGAUAUUUGCUUAAGAAGUAACCCAAUUAGCUCACAUUUGAUUAUUACAAGCAUAAUACAC